AUGGAUUCAAGUCGGGAUCAGGGAAAGCGGAAGGAUGCCGGAGAUGAUUUUAUUCCUUUAGUACCUUCGAAGCGACAUAGAGGGAAUGAUCUCGAUCCGCAAGAAGCGUUCCCAUCAGAACGGGACGAGCGUCUCAACCACCAAGAUGGAAAAGACCUGAAUAGUGAACCCCGCAAACGGCACAGCAAUCCUCAGAUACAGAGUCUAAAGUCACAUAAAACCUCCCAGUCACGGCGAGAUGUCCGUGUUUCUUCUACCGGACGAGCUUCAGCGAAGCAAAACCGUCCCCGCGAACUAGACCUGCCCUCCGCAGGCGAGCUCAGGAACAGGAUUAGAGACAUCAAACGUCUUUUAAAACGCGCCGAUCAUCUCCCACCUGGCGUGAAAAUAGAGAAAGAAAGAGCGCUGAUUGGAUACGAAAGAGAUUUGGAAAUUGUUGAGUCUCGAAAGAAUCGAGCUGCAAUGAUUAAGAAAUAUCAUUUUGUUAGGUUUUUGGAACGAAAAACUGCUACUCGACAGCUCGCAAAACUCAUAAAACAGAAAAAGUCCCUCACCAAAUCAAAUCCAAAUCCAAAUAAACAAGAGCUCGACGCGCUCGAAAAAUAUAUUUACAUUACUGAGGUCGACCUCAACUAUGCUAUAUACAGCCCCUUGACGGAGAAAUAUAUAUCCCUCUACCCGAACCAACACCGUGACAAGCAGUCGGCUCCGGAGCAGGAGAAUCCAAAGGUUACCGUCAAUAAUUCUGGAGAGAAGCCACCGCUGUGGUACGCGGUAGAGCAAAGUAUGAAGGAUGGUACUCUCGACCUAUUACGGGAGGGGAGGCUGAAAAUUGGCAUUUCAGGGCAGAAAAAGACGGCGAAAAAUUUGUCGCUGCCGGUUAUGGGACGGGAGAAUGAGCCUAGCAAGAGAGCUUUAUCGACGGCGGAAACAGAUAUCAAGAAAUUUGGGAAGAAAAUCAAAAAGGAAAUGAACAAGGAGGUGUUCUCCAAACAUUCAAAAAUGGAUGUGGAUAUUGCUAGAGAUGACAACGAUAACGAUGACGAUAGUGACGGCGGGUUCUUUGAGGAAUAA